GAAGCCGAGCUGCGAACAUCAUCCGCUUUGAGCGCUUAGGCGCAGUGAUUACAUCCUCUCAGAGCGAGAUAGAGAGAAAGUCCUGUUAUUCGCCAGUGCUCGUUUAGAAGUUGCAUUUGUUAUAGAUUCCGUCGGAGCGUGAAUAGGACUUUUUGCUGUCUUCUUUUUUUCUACUCAUGUGGAAUUUCCUCUGUUGUUCUGUGACUUUGUGUGAAGAACGGGCAGUCUGUUCUGUGCACAGGGAGUGUUGGCUUUGCGUCCUGGCGCCAGCCUGCAAUGUUUGCGCCGACGCCAAAAACUCACAGACCGGUGCAGAAUUGAUUAAAACAGGGAAGCUCGGAUCAAAUGGCUGUGCUUCUCACAGCUGAAACGACACAAUGUUCCACUGACCCGAGGCAGAGGCGAGGAAUUUCACAAGCGGACAGCUUUGUUACCGUUUAUUUCAUUGCUUUUUUACGGACAGAGAAAAUGGGAAAUGCUCAUUUCUUGUAAGAAAAGGGAAUAACACUUUUUUUAAUCGUCUUGAAGUGCACUUUGAGAGAGGGAGAGGAGAUGAUUUGGUUAAUAAUCCUGCUCUCCAUCCUGCAUGGAGCGGUCUCUCAGCUACACUACUCCGUGCCAGAGGAGCAGGAACCUGGCUCUGUGGUUGGGAAUAUUGCAGAGGAUUUGGGGCUGGACAUUACCAAACUUUCCGCUCGCCGCUUUCAAACGGUGCCUAGUUCACGGACACCUUAUCUGGAGGUGAACUUAGAGAACGGUGCACUCGUGGUGAAGGAGAAAAUUGACCGAGAAGAAAUCUGUAAGCAGACCAUCCCGUGCCUAUUGCACCUGGAGGUGUUUCUGGAGAACCCACUGGAGCUCUUUCGCGUGGAGAUUGAGGUGAUGGAUAUCAACGACAAUCCGCCCAGCUUUCCCGAGACGGACAUUUCCGUGGAGAUAUCGGAGAGCGCCGUCCCCGGGACCCGUUUCCCAGUGGAGAAUGCCUUUGACCCUGACGUGGGCACAAACGCGCUCAGCACAUACGCCAUAACGAAUAAUAACUAUUUUUACCUUGACGUGCAGACGCAGAGCGACGGGAAUAAGUUCGCGGAGCUGGUGCUGGAGAAGCCGCUGGACAGGGAGCAGCAGGCGGUGCACCGCUAUGUGCUGACUGCUGUGGAUGGCGGCAUCCCGCAGCGGACCGGGACGGCUCUCCUGGUGGUCAGAGUUCUGGACUCUAAUGAUAACGCGCCCACCUUUGACCAGUCUGUGUACUCCGUUAACCUGCGGGAAAACUCUCCGGUGGGCACUCUGAUCAUUCAGCUCAACGCCACGGAUGUUGACGAGGGACAAAACGGGGAAAUCGUUUAUUCUUUCAGCAGUCACAACGCCCCGCGGAUAAAGGACUUAUUCAACAUUGACGCGAGAACAGGAAGGAUAGAGGUGGCGGGUGAGGUGGACUUUGAGGAGAGCAACACGCAUCAGAUUUAUGUCCAGGCUAAGGAUUUGGGGGCUAAUGCGGUCCCCGCGCACUGCAAAGUGCUGGUCAAACUCGUGGACGUGAACGACAACACACCAGAGAUCGGGUUCAGCACUGUGACUGAAUCCGUGAGCGAGCAGGACGCCCCGGGCACCGUGAUCGCACUUUUUAGCGUCUCAGACCGGGACUCUGGUGAGAAUGGACACAUGAGCUGCGAGAUACUGGGAGACGUUCCUUUCAAGCUGAAAUCGUCUUUUAAAAACUACUACACUAUUGUGACGGACGGGCCGCUGGACAGAGAGAACACAGAUUCCUACACAAUCACCGUGGAGGCCAAAGAUAAGGGUCAGCCGUCGCUCGCCACCAGCAAGUCUAUUAAAGUGCACGUCUCCGAUGAGAAUGACAAUGCGCCCCGUUUUACGCAGGCUGUUUAUGAUGUGUAUGUGACUGAGAAUAAUGUGCCCGGUGCUUUCAUUCACGCCGUGAGCGCCCUGGACCCCGAUGUAGGACAAAACGCUCUUAUUACUUACUCCAUAUUGGAGUGUGACAUACAGGGCAUGUCUGUGGACACGUAUGUGUCCAUAAACCAGGACACCGGCUACCUUUACGCGCUGCGCUCUUUUGAUUACGAGCAGCUGAAGGAGUUUAGCUUCAUGGUCCAAGCGAAAGACUCUGGUGCUGCGGAGCUCUUCUCCAAUACCACUGUAAGUGUGAUCAUAGUUGACCAAAAUGACAACGCUCCCUCUGUUAUAGCCCCCAUCGGUAAAAACGGCACAGCCAAAGAGCACCUGCCGCGCUCCGCAGAGCCCGGCUACUUGGUCACGCGCAUUGUGGCUAUGGAUGCGGAUGAUGGCGAGAACGCACGGCUGUCCUACAGCAUCCUGCGGGGCAACGAGAUGGGGAUGUUCCGCAUGGACUGGAGGACAGGGGAGCUGAGGACAGCCCGCAGGAUCUCUCCCAAGCGGGAUCCGCAGGGCUUCUACGACCUGCUGAUCGAAGUCAGGGACCACGGGCAGCCCCCUCUCUCCUCCUCCGCGAGUGUGAGUGUAAUGCUAGUGGACAGCGUGGUCGAAGGCCGCAGUGGGGAUCGAGGCUCUGCCUCCAAGGCAAAGGAGACCUCCCUUGACCUCACCCUAAUUCUCAUCAUCGCCUUGGGCUCCGUGUCUUUCAUCUUCCUCCUGGCUAUGAUCGUGCUGGCCGUGCGCUGCCAAAAGGACAAGAAGCUCAACCUGUACACUUGCCUGCUGGCCGGUGAGUGCUGCUUGUGCUGCGGCUCGUGCUGUAGUAGGCACGCUCGAGGACGGAAACAGAAGAAGCUGAGUAAAUCUGACAUCAUGUUAGUUCAGAGCACCAACGUGACGUCAGGGGUCGGGCCCGUGGGGCAGGUGCCCGUGGAGGAGUCUGGUGUGGGCGGCGUGGGGGGGGGCUUCGGCUCCCACCAUCACCAGAACCAGAACUCCUACUGCUACCAGGUGUGUCUGACACCGGAGUCCGCCAAAACGGAUCUGAUGUUCCUAAAACCGUGCAGCCCCUCCCGCAGCACUGACACGGAUCACACCAACCCCUGCGGCGCCAUAGUCACGGGUUACAGUGACCAACAACCGGACAUCAUAUCCAAUGGCAGUAUUCUCUCUAACGAGACAAAACACCAACGAGCAGAACUCAGCUAUCUGGUGGACAGACCAAGACGUGUCAACAGUUCGGCAUUCCAAGAGGCAGACAUCGUCAGCUCCAAAGACAGCGGUCACGGUGACAGCGAACAAGGCGACAGUGACCACGAUGCCACCAACCGGGGUCAUUCGGCCGGAGCUGACCUGUUCUCCAACUGCACGGAGGAGUGCAAGGCCCUGGGCCACUCUGACCGCUGCUGGAUGCCAUCCUUUGUGCCAUCUGACGGGCGCCAGGGGCCGGACUACCGCAGCAACCUACACGUCCCCGGCAUGGACGCCACCCUGCCCGACACUGAGGUACCUUCCUCCGUCAACCUCUCCGACCAACUGACCAUGACCUCAACCGCCGCCUCGUUCAACGAUAGGUCAUUCUCCACCUUUGGCAAGGAGGGUCAAAGGUCACAGUCACACCACAGCCUUCACCAUCACCUCCAUCAGCAACAGCAGCAGUACAGCUCCAGCACGCUAGAGAGGAAAGAGUAUGAUAGGGGGACCCUGCCGUACAAAGCUACCUUUCUCUGUGAGUAUCAGUAUGAAAGUUCACUGGGACCCUACGACUUCGGUCUGGUCCAGUACAGAGACUAGAGGAGGGGACGAUCAAUCUGCCCUUUGAUUCUGAUCUGGGCUUUUUAUUUUGCUCAUCAACGUUUAUUUCUUAUAUUUUUUAAAGAGUUUUAAAAACUAUGACUUUUUGUUUUGUUGUAUUGUUUUUACUUUGUAAAUUUGAAUUUAUCUCACCGAAUGUAAAAUGUAAUCUAUUAUUGCUAACUCCACUUCUCCAAAACCCACUCUGAAAACUUCAACCUUACCUUUUCUAACGCUAAAUACUGUCUGUACAUAUGUGACUAAUUAUUAAAAUAAACAAACAUUGAAUUGGACACAUUUUAAACUGCUGUUGCCCCUUUUUCGCCUUUCUCUAAAUUCCCCCUCAGAAUCCUCUCCUGUCAGCCUUUUGUAUCUGAUGCUCAUAUAAGUAAAGGUCACCAACACAAGCACACUUCAUGUUUAUAUUCCUUACCUCUUCACACAGCUACAGUUAAACGCCGUUUAUGGUUUAAUACAUGCUCUGAGGAAAUGAAGGAUAGAUCAUCUCAUGUUCGAAAGGACAUCUUUUAUUUUCCAUUUGCUUAACAUCGGAGUUCUGCUCGAGCACGAUGGCUUCCCUACUGAAUAGCUCGAAAGGUGAAACGCACAACCCACGCGUCGUCUUUUUCACAAGGAUUGAAGUCCAUUUUGUUCUAAAAAGGAAGUGUCGAGUAUCUAUACUCGCUUGCUUGUGGAUCAAUACUCGACAUAAAGAUGGGGGGGAGAGGUGGGCUGUCAACACCGAGGUCAAGAUUCUGCAGUUGGAGAAGUCACACUCACAAGUUUGUGUGCAAGAGAAGAGGGAAAGUAUUUCAAUAUAUUAAGGGAAGCUUCAUUUGGCACAUGAAUGAUUUUGAUAUAUAUUGGUAAUGUAGUUUCCAGCUUGAAAUUCUAAAGAAGCAGAAUGAGAUUCCUUAGAGAUGACGGCAGGAUGCUUUCCAAGCUCCCACGUAACAUGAAUAUUCUAUGAGCUCUAAGAGUCGAGGAUGGAUUCAAUACACACAUUGAGUAGAGAAGUCAUUUCCAGUCACCACCAUCUUAACCACCAUCCUUCAUGAUACUGCAUGCCGACUGUCUCUCAGGUAAACGACGACCGCUAUAACCUGCUUUUUUUUGUUCUUUGUUUGCAACUUAGCAAACGAAGCCAAGUAAUUUUUCCUCUUGCACAUCAGGUCUGUUUGAGACAUAAUUUGUAUUUAGCCUUUAGGUGCACGAGCUCGCUCCAAAUAUAGCAGCCUGCGUGUCUGCUCCUCCCGUCUGCCUCGAAGGGUUGGGAUAAAUGCACUCCAUACUCCUCUGUCCAAAACUCUCCACCAUAUUAUAUUUCACUUUAUUUUUUUGAUUUACAAUUUCACCCAUUUUUCCCACUCUUUAGAAAUAUACUUUGCCACGGCAAAGGUUCUGUUGUUCAUCACUCUGUAAAGGAGAUGAGAAGAGUCCCAGAGGCUGAGCUCUAUUAACCAAUUGGCAUCAUGUUCUACUUAUAAAAAUAGCAGCAUGUGCUACUACUGGCUAUGGCAGUGCUCUGAUCAGUAGGGUUGCCUUGAUAAAGGGUUUAUACAUAUUUAAUGAUCCAUUUAUAGAUAAUUAAUGAAGCAAUUAGUGCUCUGUGUAUUUUCUACGCAUGCAUUAUGUAGCCACCAAAUUUCUAACCUUUAUCUCCACUGAUGGACAUGUUUUCACCCGAUUCCCAAAUUAGUUUCACCAUUACACUACAAGGACCAGCCUUUAGGGUAUAUAAAUAACUUCACACACAGUCCUUUGUGGCAUGUAUCCUUCAAGAGAUGGUAUUUCGAGCCGAUUGUGUCACUAAAGAGUCUCGAGGGAGAGGGUGCCAUUCGUCUUAUUGAGUGUGUUCUCUUGUC